AAAUAAAUAACAAAAAUGUCCGCGGAAAAUCAAAAUCAAAAUGGUGUUGCCGCACCGCAGAGUAAUGGAUUAAAAUCAUCAUUGUCGAGUAGUUUAUCAACAAAUUCAACGACAAUACCAACAAUAUCAUCAUCAGGACGAACAUCAACAAAUAAUUCAUCAUUUUUAUAUAGCAGUAAUUCAAUGAUAAAUCGUGAUAAAAUGCGACAAGCACCACCGCCUACAUUACCAAAAUAUACAUCAAGUUUUAAUGCCGGAUCAAAUGGAACAAGUGCAACUGAUCGAUUAACGAGAGAAAGAGAUGUUGGUGGAAGCUACAGAUUGGCGAGUUUGGACCGGCUUGCACUUAGACAGAGGGUGCUCGAUGGAGAAAAACCAAAUGGCGAUGUUAAUCCGAUCCAAUCGAAGCGUGAAUUGUUCUUUAAGGGUGAAACGACACCGCCAUCGGUGCCAACGGUUCCACCGCCUCAGCCACCGUCGGCGCCAACGUUGACGCCAACUUCAACAUUGAAUAAUAAUUCGUCAUCGACGACGGCACCUCAACCUGGACAACAGACAAAAUCACGAUUACCACCGACGACGGUGAAUUUAAAUCAAACCGAUGGCUCGGAAGACAGUAACAAAAGAGAGAACUCAAGGACUGAGAGCAACAAGGAAUCAAACUUGAAUCUUCAUUCACGUCCCACGCCGCCCACAAAACCAAAGGAACUCGAUGGCUACGUUGGCUUUGCGAAUCUUCCAAAUCAAGUCUAUAGAAAGGCAGUUAAAAAGGGCUUCGACUUUACGCUUAUGGUCGUUGGUGAAUCGGGUCUUGGAAAAUCGACGCUUAUAAAUUCCAUGUUCCUCUCGGAUAUUUACAGUGCAGAAUAUCCGGGACCAAGUUUGAGGGUGAAAAAAACAGUCGCCGUCGAAACAAAUAAAGUUCUUCUCAAGGAGAAUGGAGUCAAUUUAACAUUGACCGUUGUUGACACACCUGGUUUUGGUGAUGCCGUCGACAACAGCAAUUGUUGGGUUCCGGUGAUUGAAUAUAUAGAGUCGAAAUACGAAGAAUUUUUGAAUGCGGAAUCCCGUGUUGUGAGACGACAAAUUCCCGACAGCCGCGUUCAUUGCUGUCUUUAUUUUGUCGCACCCUCUGGUCACGGUUUGAAACCCCUUGACGUCGAAUUUAUGCAACGUCUUCAUGAUAAAGUCAACAUUAUUCCUGUUAUCGCAAAGGCCGAUACAAUGACACCCGACGAGUGUAUACAAUUCAAAAAACAGAUAUUAAACGAAAUUGCGCAGCACAAAAUAAAAAUUUACGAAUUUCCGGAAGUCGAAGAAGAGGAAGAUGCUAAAUUGCACAAAGUUUUAAGGGAUAGAGUACCGUUUGCCGUUGUUGGCGCGAAUACAGUUGUCGAACUUAAUGGCAAAAAAGUACGAGGCAGACAAUAUCCUUGGGGAGUCGCCGAAGUCGAAAAUCUCGAGCACUGCGAUUUUAUCGCUUUGAGAAAUAUGGUGAUAAGAACACAUCUUCAGGACUUAAAGGACGUGACGAAUAACGUUCACUAUGAAAAUUUCCGAUGUCGUACUUUAGCGGGUCUUGGCGUCGAUGGAAAACCAACCAAAGUUUCAAACAAUUUGUGCAACCCAGGAGUGAUGAACAGUUUCGUGAUGGUUUGGAACCCGCUGGCGCAAUUGGAGGAGGAGAAACGUGAACACGAUAACAAAAUGAAGAAAAUGGAAAUUGAGAUGGAACAAGUCUUUGAAAUGAAAGUUCGUGAAAAGCGACAGAAACUCAAGGAUUCCGAAGUGGAUCUUCAACGAAGGCACGAGCAAAUGAGACGAUCGCUGGAACAACAAGUUCGUGAAUUAGAAGAAAAGCGACGAACAUUCGAAGCUGAAAAACAGUCCUGGGAACAACAGACGGGACACAGUAUUGAAGAAUUACGCAGGCGAAGUUUAGAAGCCAAUUCAAAAGAAGCUGGGCACUGUCGAGGUUUUUUUCUCGGCCGUCGAUGGCAAGGACAAAAAGAAUAAGAAGAAGGGCCUCUUUUAAUCACAUAACGAGACAAAAAUGAUAUUUACAAAAAAUCAGAUCACUUCUAGUUCAAAGAAAAAAAAAAGAAAAAUAAAAAAAAAAUCGAAAAAUAAUAAUUAUUAAUAACUGCUGCCAGAUUUUCUGAUUUUUUCUUCCCUCGUUACGACGUCCAGAACUGACUUCCAUUCUUCGAUUUCGAAAAUAAAAAAAUUCAAAAAGGAAUUUUCAACAAAUUUUGUCGCACAAUUCGAAGAAAAAAAAAAUUUUUUUCAUUUAUAAUUUUUGUGAUUUUGAAAAUUGACAAAUUUUCGAAUUUUCUUUUAUGCAUAAUUGAAAAAUUUUCAAACAUUUAUUUCGAAAUGUUUUAUUUUCCCUAAUGUUCCUUUUAGCAAUCUCUUACAAUAAUAAUUAGUUUACAAUUGACAAUUCAACGUACAAAUAUUUAUAUAUAUAUAUAUAUUAUACAAAAAAAAACAAAAAAAUGGAAAAAAAAAAUUUUAUUUGUAUUUAUUUUAAGUCUGGAAAAAGCGAGGUUUUUUUUUAGAAAAAAAAGAUUAUGCGACUUUUUUUUCAAAAGCUUCGAAAAUAAUCGUUUUUUUUUUUUUUUUAAAUAAACGAAUCUUUUUUAUAUGUAAUAUAUAUAUAAUAAUAAUAAUAUAUCAAAGCGUAAUUUGCUCACAAGAAAAUUUUAUUAUUGUGACGAGACGAGAAAUGGCGAAAUUCGAUUAAUGUCGUUGAUCGCAGGAACGAAUCACAAAAAAAAUAAUAAUAAUAGAGCGCAGUGGCCAUAAUAUAGAGAAAAUAACGCACGAAAAAAAAAAAUUAUCUAAGAUAAAUAAGUAGAAUUUAAGAUUUCGAAAUUUGAAUUAAUCGCAAAUUCACUUUUCCAAUCAAACAUUUUUAUUUUAAAAUAGAAAAAAAAAAUUUUUAAUUCUUUUUUUCCACAUAAUUUCCAGUUUUUACAAAUUGUUUUUUUUUUAAUUAAUCAAUUUUAAAUCCCAAAAAUUUUAAUUUUAUUUUAAAAAAAAGGGAUUUUUGAAAUAAUUAUUUUGAAAUUCUUUUCUAAAAUCGAUAAUAUUCGUGACGAAGGAAUGAAAUAUAAUGUAAUAUUUGAUUGGGAAAGUGAAACGAAGCAAAAAGGAAGAGGCAAGAAGCGGAAAUAGAAAGGAGAAAAGGUAUAUUACGAAAUUUUUUUUAAUGGCCUGACAAAAAAAAAAAAAAAAAAAAAUCGUCUUCUUGGCCUCAACCGGAUUUUUGGAAAUACCAUUUAUAUAUAAAUAUAAAUAUACAUAUAGUUUUAGGCUAAAUUUUGUGCCAAGAAUAUGUUUUCUAAACGCGCCCAUAUUAUAAUAGCAAAACGAUUCAAAUAUUUUUCUCAAGUGAAAUUAAAAAAAAAAUUUUUUUUUACAAAUAUCGUUAUUUUAUAAAUAAUAAAUUAAAAAAAAAUUUUUUUACCAUUUUUUUUCCUUAAUUUCACUUGAGACAUAUAUUUGUGAAAAUCGCAUGCAACAUUCCUAUUUUGUAUGCAUUUUUCUAUUGUAGCAAAAAUGCCUAUGCGUCCAUUAAACAAAUUAAAUUGUAUUUUUCAAUUUAUAAAAUUUUUCGUUUUUUCAUUUUUUUUUUUUUUUUUUAGUGUUGAAUGUCAGCAAAAUUUUUUCUAUCCCCCUUAUAAGUAAAUUUAUAGAAAAAAAUUGUAAUUUAAAAAAUUAUUUUAAUUUUUUUAUUUUUCAAAAAUUAUUUACGUAAUUUUUCAAAAUAGUAAAAAAGUAAUCAGAUUCACUGCAUUGUUCGCAAAUUUCAAACAAUUUAUUUACAAUUGUAUUUAUUCAAAUUGAAAAAUUAAGGUCGGCUGUUAAACUUAUUUACAUAUUGUUCUUUUUUUUAUAUAUAUAUAUAUAUUUUACAUUAAAAUAAAUUUUUUUUUUAAUUUUUCAUGUCCAAAUGUACGCAAGGCACAAUCGUGUUUUGAUUUUUUUUUUAUCUAUUUAUAAACGCGCUUGUUUGUAAUAAUAGCAUUGUAUGAAAAGAGGAAAGAAAAAAAAAAAAAAAAAAAAAAAUUGGAGAGAAGAGACAUAGAAAUUAUAUUUUGUCGUGCCAGAUAAAUUGAAGCUGCCGCUGCUACUUAUGGACAAAAUGUAAUAAUUUAUCUAUUGUAAGUGUCAUACUUAUAUUAUUAUUAUUAUUAUUAUAAUUAUUAUUAUUAUUAUUAUUAUUAUAAAUUGUGUAUUCAGUAAAUUAUCUACAACACGAACCAAA